ACACUUCCAGCAGCACUUCAAGUUCAUGUAAAACUAGUUAUUCUAGUAUGAAGAAAAAGGUGCUGUUAAUGGGAGCGUCGGGGAGCGGCAAGACGUCUAUGCGUUCUGUCAUCUUCUCUAACAACCAGGCAUCCCUCACUUCGCGAUUAGGAGCAACUAUUGACGUAGAGCAAAAUCAUGUACGAUUCCUAGGAGACCUAAUCCUCAAUCUAUGGGAUUGCGGUGGACAAGAUUCUUUCAUGGAGUCAUACACAACUACGCAGCGAAGCACGAUAUUCCAACAUGUCGGAGUGCUUAUAUACGUAUUUGACGUCGAGUCUCGCGAUAUGGGGAAAGAUCUUUCGUAUUAUUGUGGUUGUAUUGAUGCAUUGAGGAAGUAUAGCCCCGAUGCGGCUGUGUUCUUGCUGGUCCAUAAGAUGGAUCUCGUGCGCUCGGCGAGGAAAUCGAUAUUGGAGAGGAAGACGAGAGAGUUGCGGGAUGCGAGUCAAGACGUGGGGGUUACGGUCUUUGGGACGAGCAUAUAUGAUGAGAGUCUAUAUAAGGCUUGGUCACGCAUCGUACACACCCUCAUCCCGAAUGCUGCAAUCCUAAGCAAACAUCUAACGACGUUCGCCGAAGCAUGUAGCGCAACGGAAGUCAUCCUCUUUGAACGCACAACCUUCCUCGUUAUCGCAACUUCCAAACGUUUAGAUCCACCUCUGACACAGGACCAAACAACGAACGGUACGGCGCCAUCUGACGAAACAGCUGCAGAUGGCGCAGAUAAUACAGCCGCUGCAGACAUCGAUCCACAUCAACUACAACCAACUCGAUACGAACGGACUUCUGAGCUCAUCAAAGCAUUCAAACAUGCGUGCAUGCGUACACGCGAGGAGUUCCGGUGUUUAGAUAUGGAGCUUCCGGAGUACACUGCUGUACUGGAUGAACUGACGAAGAACACGUAUAUUAUGGUCAUCGUGCAUGAUCCCACGAUAGAAACCGCUGCGAUUAAGAUUAACAUCCAACUUGCACGGCAAAAGUUCGAGGAGCUGCAAGCGGAUUCAAUAAACUGAUGUGCCAAGUUGACGGGAUAUGCAAUUGUACUUUGUAACCUGCUAUGGUAAUGCACUUGUCUUGGUUCUAUCAUGCAGUCGGAGCCGCCCUUUUCUCCAGAUGGCUUGCAUAGUCGGAAGUUGAUGGUGAGACCAGGACAGAGGCGUGGACUAUCAACCACACCCUGAUCCAUGCAUUUCACGGAGUCAGAUAUAGCAAAAUG